ACCACUUCCAAAUGAGCAGAACUUUCCUGAGAAAGUUCCUGAGGGCUAGCUUCCAGAGCCUCCAACACCAGACGCACACUUGUCCAGCCAUGGCCGAGAGGCGCAUCCCCUUCACCUUCCUGCGUGGACCAUCCUGGGAUCCGUUCCGUGACUGGCAUCAGGGCAGCAGGCUGUUUGACCAGGCAUUCGGCAUGCCCGCCUUCCCUGAGGAGUUGCCCCUCUUCCCCAGCAGCCACUGGCCCGGCUACAUCCGCCCAUCCAUGGCGGCUGAGAUGGCCCCUCUGAUGCAGAGUCCCGCCAUGGCCAGCCAGCUUCCGACCUCAUCCGUAGUGCCCCAUCCAUCAGCCUAUGCCCGCGCCAUGUCCCGCCAGCUCAGCACAGGCAUGUCUGAGAUCAAGCAGACGUCGGAUGGCUGGAAGGUCAGCCUGGAUGUGAACCAUUUUGCCCCUGAGGAGCUCACGGUCAAGACCAAGGACGGUGUAGUGGAAAUCAUAGGCAAACACGAGGAGAGGAGGGACGAGCACGGCUUUGUGUCCAGAUCCUUCACCAGGAAGUACACGCUGCCCCCUGGUGCUGAUGCAGAGAAGAUCACCUCCUCUCUGUCCCCAGAGGGCGUCCUGACCGUGGAGGCACAACUGCCCAAACCUGCCAUACAGUCCUCUGAGAUCACCAUCCCUGUAAACACAAGCACCAGUAGCGUCGCCAAGAAACCAAGCGAUGCCAAGUGAUGGAGAAGAAGGAGAAAUAUCUCAAGCAUCACUUUUAGAUAGAUCAGAUUGGGUAGUAACAAGCAAUUUUUACUGUGUUUAGUAGAAAGGUACACAUACACUGACGCUUGGACAUGGCUCCUUAAAGGAAUACUUCUAAUGUCUGUUUAAUGCAUCUGUAGCAUCCAUUUGAUUACCACAGAUUUCUCUAUACUUAGAAAAGAACGGAAAUAAACACUGGCUUCAAACAGACGUGCAACAGAAACCAAUUUCAGGUUUCUGAUCUCUACAGGAAACUGUCUUGCCGAUUUGGCUGUGCUGAUCCACCGUAUCCUAUAAACUCUGCAGAUACAGAUUAGGUUGAAAAACUGGAGUAUUCCUUUAAGUAUAAGACAGUAGCAAAUGCUUAUGCACAGCCACUGCAUGCUCUAGUCUCUGCCUUUCUUCUGAAAGCUCUGGAGGACAUUUCCCGAGGUGUAUAUGGAGUUAGACAGCUUUAAAAGAAUGUUUUUCUACUUACUCCAUAUGUAGUGGAUCAGCUAAGACAUGUCUGGUUUGGCUUUUUCAGUUUAGCAAUGGAACUACAAGACUAAUGUAGCUAACAAACACUACAAGUCAUUAGUUUUCUGUAAAUGCAUGCCAACACUGUCCCCAGGUCUUUGUUAAAAUUGUACAAACUUGUCUGUGUGGAUUAGAACACAGUAUAACUUAAUAUGAUCACUUAAAAUCACUUAGCAAUUUAUGCAGCAGGAGAGGUGAAUGUAAUCUGCCCAUGUGCAUACAUGACAUGUUCAGUUUGUUCAUUUUUAUAGUCCAUAGCAAGUCAAACUGUGUCUUAACCCACACUAAUGAGUCUGCAAAACCUUCAUUGAGUGCUGGAUGUGGUCUGAACCUGUUAAGAGAAGUUUUAGGGACAGAAAAGUUUUGGGUGACUAUUGAUAUCUAUUGCGUGUCAGCAAUGGCCUCAGUGCUCUAGUGCAUCUUAGAGCCUGCUUUGUUGGUUUCUUCUUGGUUAUGAUGUGCUUUUAGGUAGAUUUGUUUAAAGGAUAGCAAUUUCUUUAAUGCUAGCUUUUGUGAGAGCUCUAUGAACUUUUCAAUAAACUUUUCAACAUCAAAUCUU